UUUUUUUUUCUCAAUAAAGUAUACGAUGGACCAAGAAGCACAAAAGAGAAAAGAACGUUUAGCUGCUUUAAGAAAAAGAAAGCUCGGUGAUGAAUCCAAUAGAUCAACAAGCGAUGCUGAAAAAACACUCAAAUUUAGAAGUUAUACACCUCACGAUGAACAACUCUUACAACACGUCGAGAUAGCCACACCUGAUACUAUUGGCAAUACAGUCGAAGAAGAAACAAAACACUUGACAAAAGAAACUUUAGCACAAGCACAAGAAAAGCAAAAAGAAGAAGUGGAUUUGUUUAAUCUAGCACCCAAAAAACCCAAUUGGGACUUAAAACGCGACGUUGAAAAGAAGCUUGAAAAACUCGAUCGUAGAACACAGCGUGCUAUCUAUGAGAUUAUUCGUAUUCGACUUGAAGGUGAUAAACAUGCUAAUCUGGCUGAUAUCGUAGCCAAUGCAGAAGCCCAACAACAGUUUGAGGCUCAACAUGCAGACUUGUAAAUAAAAUCUUUAUUUGACGAUGCCUGA